UAAAUAAAACAUUUACCCUAGGCGUAUGGAGGAGCCUAUAUCGUAAUGUCUUCCAAAAAUUUAAGAAGUGACAUAAAUUACUGCUGGCCUACUGCAGAAGUUGCUGUUAUGGGCGCAGAAGGAGCAGUAGCUAUUUUAUAUAAAGGGCAUCCUGAUAUUAAAGAAAAAGAAGCUGAAUACAAAGAGAAGUUUGGAAAUCCAUAUUAUAUAGCACGAAAGGGAUUCGUGGAAGAUGUUAUAGAACCAAGAACAACUAGAAGAAGAUUGUGUAAAGACUUGGAGAUGUUAGAAAAUAAAAGGUUACAAAAUCCUUCUAAGAAACAUGGAAAUAUACCCUUAUGACCCAUAUAUUUUUAUUUUUAAAAAUAAAGAUUAAUUUUUUUGUUCUUUUUA